GGCAGCGGCUGGCAGCGCGCCCCGCGCCCGAGCCGCAGUCGCGCCCUGUCGCUGCCUGGCGAAGGCGCCGGAGAGCAGCCCGGGCGCCGCUGCGCCUGCAGGGCAUGAGGAUGGCCGUGGGCUCCGUGAAGAUGCAGCCGCCCUGCGAGAGCCCGGCCCUGCUGGCGGCGGCGGGCAGCCCCAGCGCCCGCGACUCGGAGCGCGAGCAACCGGCGGCCCCGCCGCGCCCGCGGCUCCGGGACCUGCCGGCGCUGCUGCGGAGCGGGCUGACGCUGCGGAGGAAGCGGAGCGCCGCGGGGGCCCGGACUCUAUCAAGAAGAAUUUCCAAUCCAUACCUUGAGCACACUCCUUCCCAGAUUUAUGGAGAGAAUUCUUCCUGUGCAGGAAGAGCAUUAAGGAAUAUUAUUGUUGUCCAGGCAGCUGACCUGAUAAAAGACAGAGUGAACCUCAAGGGAUUUUACAGGAGAAGCUGUGUUGGGUGUGAACUGGUGGACUGGCUUCUAGAACACUGUCCCUUUGUCCAGUGCAGAUCUAUGGCCAUUGGGGUGUGGCAGCUCCUUCUGGAUAUGGGAAUUAUGUCAUCAGUGGACCAGCACUUAUACUUUCAAGACACCUAUGUUUUCUAUCAGUUUUCAUCUGAUGAAUGUAGCUAUUUGUACUGUGAAUUUGAGCGAGAAGAGGAAUGGCAGAAUGGUGUCAAACUCUUACUGCAACUUGUGCCUCUCAUCCCUGCUAGACCUGGCAUAUGUGAACUGUCUAAUCAAAAAAUGGAAGACCCAGAAGAAAGCAGUGAUGAAAUUCUUGCUCGUCUAACAUCUGCGAUGCAGAGAGAGCUAGCAGCUGUUAUUGCUCUGAAAGCAAGGAAGUCUGCGCUUGAACAAGAUGAGGAAAACAGUGAGAAGCACGUUCCUGGCACAGAAGGAGAAGGUGUUCUGGAUUCUCGGGCAGGGGUGAUGUGCAAACUUCAGGAGAGAGAUGAUAUCGGACGGAUUGAACUGGUCCAGAAGCUGGCAAGAGAAAACUGUCAGUUUCUGCAGACGGAGAAAAAAGAACAGGAGAAAUCUGAACACGACGAGGAGGCGCCCAGGGUGCAGGUUAGAGAGCAAGAGGAGAACGUGCUGGUGCUGAAGAAAGUGCAGGGCAGCGGCCCGGCCCCCCCUGCGGGCGGCGAGGAGAGCGAUUGGAGAUACGUGGUGGUGUCCGGGACCCCGGAGAAGAUUUUGGAGCAUCUUUUGAAUGACUUGCACCUGGAAGAAGUCCAGGACAAAGAAACAGAGACCCUCCUUGAUGACUUCCUGCUCACGUACACCGUCUUCAUGACAACUGACGACUUGUGCCAAGCACUGCUGAGGCAUUAUUCUGCUAAGAAGUAUCAAGGCAAAGAAGAAAACUCAGAUGUCCCUUGUCGGAAACGCAAGGUCUUACAUCUCGUUUCCCAGUGGAUUGCUCUGUAUAAGGACUGGUUACAUGAAGAUGAGCAUUCAAAAAUGUUUUUAAAGACGAUAUACAGGAAUGUACUGGAUGAUGUAUACGAAUAUCCAAUACUUGAAAAAGAAUUAAAAGAGUUUCAAAAGAUACUUGGAAUGCAUCGUCGUCACACCGUAGAUGAAUAUUCACCACAGAAAAAGAAUAAAGCCCUUUUCCACCAAUUCAGUCUUAAGGAGAACUGGCUCCAGCUUCGCGGAACUGUGACUGAGACGGAGGAAAUUUUUUGCCACGUGUAUAUAACGGAGCACUCCUAUGUCAGUGUGAAGGCAAAAGUUUCCAGCACAGCCCAAGAGAUCCUGAAAAUUGUAGCAGAAAAGAUUCAGCAUGCGGAAGAGGAUGUGGCUCUGGUGGCCGUCACUUUUUCUGGGGAAAAGCAUGAACUUCAGCCAAAUGACUUGGCCAUCUCCAAAUCUCUUGAAGGAUCUGCACGGAUAUAUCUCUAUCGGAAAGACUUGGCUGACACUUUGAACCCGUUUGCAGAAAAUGAGGAAUCACAGCAAAGGUCAAUGAGGAUUUUGGGGAUGAACACUUGGGAUCUUGCUCUGGAAUUAAUGAAUUUUGAUUGGAGUCUUUUCAAUUCAAUUCACGAGCAAGAGUUGAUCUACUUCACCUUCAGCAGGCAGGGAAGUGGGCAGCACACGGUGAACCUCAGCCUUCUGCUCCAGCGCUGCAAUGAAGUGCAGCUCUGGGUGGCCACCGAGAUUCUCCUCUGUGGCCAGCUGGGCAAGCGGGUGCAGCUGGUGAAGAAAUUCAUCAAAAUCGCAGCUCACUGCAAAGCCCAGCGGAACCUGAAUUCCUUCUUUGCUAUUGUGAUGGGUCUCAAUACUGCUUCUGUCAGCCGACUGUCACAGACCUGGGAGAAAAUCCCUGGGAAGUUUAAGAAACUUUUCUCUGAACUUGAAAGUCUAACGGACCCUUCCCUGAAUCACAAAGCCUACAGAGAUGCAUUCAAAAAGAUGAAGCCACCAAAAAUCCCUUUCAUGCCCUUAUUGCUGAAAGAUGUCACGUUUAUUCAUGAAGGAAAUAAAACAUUUUUGGAUAACCUUGUCAAUUUCGAAAAGCUGCAUAUGAUUGCAGACACCGUCCGAACCCUGAGACACUGCCGGACCAAUCAGUUUGGAGGUGACGUAUCCCCGAAGGAGCACCAUGAGUUGAAAUCCUACGUGCAUCACCUGUACGUGAUCGACAGCCAGCAGACCCUGUUUGAGCUCUCGCACCGGAUCGAACCCCGUGCAUGAGCCGCCGCCGCUGCCCCGCGCCGCCCCCGCCCUCACACUGCAGCACUUUGAGCGCCGGGAAUGUUCUAGACCCACAGCACGGGGCCCUCCUGCGGGCAGAAGUUGCUGAGUUUUAUCAGCGGAUCACCAGGCUCCCAGGCAGGGCAGCCACCAGCGCGUACCUGCAAGCAGCGUGCAGCGAGGGUCGCCCCUCAUUGUCCUGGGGACCCGGAGGUGCCGCAGCUUCCCCGAAGCGGAGAUGCCCCAGUUUCUCAGGGUCCCGUGCAAUCCCGUUUCCAGUGUCCAAGCCGAGAGCACGCCUUGUCACACACAUUCCAGGCGUUUCCUUGCACCUGUGCACCAAACGGGGAGUUUUCCGGGGCCUGGCGCCAGACUCUGCGGGCUUAGGCCGCUUACGCGCCCACAGCCGGCCAGCGCCGAAGAUCUGCAGGGUCAAGGCGAGGUCUCUUGACAUAAACUGGCAAUAGCCGGGGGCCCUUUGCUCCCGUUUUCCAGAAGACAAACACCCAGGCCUGCACCCCUUUGCACCCACAGUCGUGUCUCCGUAUUUGCUUGCAGGUGAAACUGUCUGCGCACAACCAAUUUGUAGCUAUCAGCCAGCUCUACUUAAGUUGCUUCUUCUUCGCUAACAGGGAAAAAUUAGUCAACUGGAAGAAAUGACUCAGUGCUGAAUGAACCUCCACAGCAUUUUCUUGACCUGUGCCAGCAGGUCAAGCUAGGGACACCGCGGGAAAGCCCAGUGCUGGACAUGAUGGAAGCACUUGGCCACUGUUCGCGGAGAUGACGGUCACCAAUGUCCACAUCCUUGGGACAGGUGGCCACGGAUGUUCCGUGGGUUGCAGCGGGCUCCUCGUCCACGGGACAGCGUGGUCCCCUCAGCUCAGGGAGGUUCUAUGGGAUCUGAUGCAGGGAGCACGUCCUCCACAAGGCCAGAGUAUUCAGACAGGGGCCCUAGCUUGUCCUUCAGAAAUGAAAAGAACCCGCACAUAGCCAAGUGUCUGGUUUAUGCCGCACGCUUUGAAGUCCAGUAUCUCCUUCCCAACCAAGACAGGGAACCUUUCAUAAUUUAUCUUUUUUGUUCCCCCUCUGCCCACUCCCAUCCUCGUUUUAAAAUCAAACAGGUCAUUUUAUAGGUUGAGGAGCCUAGAGUUGAGAUCACUUGCUAUUCCCAAGGAUUAAUUAGCAGAUGCCUCUCCAUUCACACGAACAGGGAAGCAUUUGAGUUGGGCUGCAUUCUCGGAAUCUGGCCUAUCUAUUGGAAAGUGGACUCACUACUAAAAUGUCAGGGCCCUCCACACACACGAGCUCCCUUCCCCCUUCGUUUCUGGAGACUUCAGGACGUGGUACCCUGCCAUCAUGCCCACCUUUGCAUCUCUGAGAAACCCAUCCGGAACCAUCCACACCCAUUACUGAGCUGGGUGAUGGCUCUCUGGCCUCUCUAGUUGGGCUGGUCCCUGGGGUCACGCAGCUUGAGGUGGAUAGAAUUGGGGGGUGAGCCUCCCCAGUCUGACCCAACAUUAUAAAAAAAUCAGUCCCGAAAUUUGAACAGGGUUUUGUAAAAAGACUCCAUCUGGUCCACUCAGAGGAUGCACCGGGGCUGGGGGGACCCAUGGGGGACAGGCGUGGGGACUAGAGAGUCUGUGCUCCACCGAUGAGCCCCCACACCACCAGCCCAUGCUUUUCUCCUUGCCCCACGCUUCCGGGCAGCAUCUGGCCAGCAUAAGCAUGGAAAGCCCUUUUGACUCUGUCUCUGGCUAUUGACAUGUUCAUUCUCAUCAAACACUGUGUUGCUCCUAGCGUGGGGGAGUUUCUGCAGGACACCUGCCACUAAGGCUUCUGUUGAGACCCACCUCCAGCCAAAUGGAUGCACAGACUGGCACAGUGUAGGCCAUAGUGUGGACAGAGCUCCUCUUGCCCGGGCUAGACAGCCCUGAGGCCUUUGUCAAUUAUGUAUCGGCCCUUCCAGCCCUGCCUCUGGAGGUCAGAAUCCCCACAUCCUUCUGAAAGGCAACCAGUCUCCAGAGAGUUUCCAGGCAGCUGCUCUUAGGAAUUUCCGAAGCUUGGAGAAGUUGACGAUUUGGAAGGGAAACAAGUGGAGGCAGGCGGGCAGCUUAAUGGGCUGGAACACGGGCUUUGCAGACCGGAGGGCCAGGUUCAAGCCCUAGCACCACCUGGUCCCCGGAGCGCGGCCUGCCAUGAUCUUCCAGGGCCACGCAAGACAAAUUUUCGGGUGAUCUCAGCAGAGCUGCAGGAUCUCAAGAGGAGGGAGGGAGGCCUAGUAAAUAUCUGAGCUCCUUUCUGGCUCUUCUCAUUUCUAGGUGCAAAGGAAAUCUCUGCAUAGCCCCCCGCCUUAUCAGGGCACCAACCUUUGUUCCCCUUCUCCCAGCUGCUUUAUGUUGACUAGCGCUGAGCAGUCCUCAUCUGGUGAGUGUCCAGCAUAUCUUGCAGCUCAGGGCUGGGCCCUGAAGCAGCAACCCGCUUCCGCAGCGCUUCAGCACCAGGCUCCCAAGAUUUCCACACUUUGCUCUCUGAUCUCAUCGUGACACUUGCCCCGUGAGGGUCAUGGUGCAGAUUAUCAGCUGCAUCCCCAUGAUUCCUGGUUUGACUCAUGAAGUUUAGUAUCAGUUUUUUCUCAACUCCCACCAUGCAUAAGUCAGUCAGGGGGGCACUGAGGUUGGAGUCCAGAGUGUGGGGGGAUGGGAGGAGUCCCCCUCCCCCCCGCGGGCACAUGGAGAGAAGACUUAAGCAGAGUGUGGACUCGUUUCCAGAAGAUGGAGGUCCUGGCACUUGUUAGAGGUGUAACACCUCCACCGUAAGUUCCAAGCCCAGUGGUUCCCAAGCCUACGGGGCACUGUUAAUCCACACAGCUUGGCUCCAGGCAAACCCAUUAAAAUGGGGGUCUUCGGGCCCCCCACAGUUGAUGGGCCCAAAGUUUUGCCUAAAUGCUUCACAGAUACGUCCUUACCUUUUCAGCCUGCUUGCAAGGAGUGGGCCUUUUGUGCUUAUGGAGGGCUUGAAGGGAGAACGUUUUUUUAAAAUUGCCAAAAAGUUAGGGGAAAGUGUACUACUGUAUAAAAGCAAAGCUGUAUAUACUAAACGUUUUUUUAGCAGAGUGAUAUUUAUUUGCAUAGCCUAUUUAUUGUACUCAUAUUACACUGUUCUUACAGACCAGGAUGAAAUGUACGGCCCGAAGCAAGAACCUCUUGCCUUUUAUUGCUUCUUUAGAACCCCCUUGUGUGCUGACCAUUAGCCGCUAGCUGCCCCCCCCCCCCGGGGGGCACCCACCUUCCUUCUCAGGGACCACACUCCAUAGUUUUCCACCGAGAUCUGAGCUGGUAAAUAUGAAACGUUUGUUGAAUUACCAGGAUCGCCAUUAACAGUGUUUUUUCCUUUUCCUCUCAUAUUUCACGCUUUCUGCCUCUGUAUAUAAUAAAACAGUGCUGUGUAUUUAUCAAAGCUAGUAAGCAAUAAUUUAUAUGUAAAAAAAAAUGCCCAAGCAAUAUAAGGUGAGAACUUCUAUAAGUCACUGUUACCUUGUAUUUUCAAGUGUUUUUUUUUAAAAAAUGGCUUUUCCAUUUUUCAAAUAUAUGAUUAUGUUACAGA